UGUUUGAAAACUGCUUUUGUUCUGGACAAUUUCUAUAAUGCUGAACAUUUGAGAGGAACGAUUACAUUAUAGAGUAUCAUUUUAUUGUUUUUUUAAGUUUCGCUGACCAGUAAUAUUGUUCACUCGUUUGAAUAAGUUGGAACAUUUGGAAAAACCGUUUACAAUUAAUAUCAGAGCCACCAUGACCACUAAACUUCUCCUUGUAGCUUCCAUAGUUUGUUUCACCGUUAUUUCGGGGAAGGACAGGCAAAAACGAGAAGUUAUAGGAACACUAGCAGGUGGUGGCAUGCACGUAUCAGAUAUGAUGGCACAGUCAAUACAGAUUGCCCUUAAAGACUGGGCUAUACGUACAGAACUGGAAAAACAAAUGUACCUUUCAGGGUUUGAUAAAGUGUCAAAGGGCAGCUAUUUAUGGCAUCGAUCUAUGUUCAUGAACUUAAAGGAAUACAGUAAAGUCCAAGUUCUCAAUCAAAAGGGUUUUAUAAAUCUUAGGGCACUUGCGGAAUUUGAGAAACUAUCUGGAGUUCCAAUCCAUGUUAUGCAAAAUGACUUCAAAUUAGUUGAAGAAUGGCAAAAGCAUAUAGCUCCAUAUUGUGAAUGUCCCAUUCCCAAGUGUAACCCUAAAUAUCCAUACAGAACAGCAGAUGGUGGAUGCAACAAUUUCCAUGUUCCAACAUGGGGACAAGCAAAUCGAGCACAACUAAGAUGGCUGCCAGCAGCUUAUUCUGAUGGUUUAAAUGUUCCAAGAAUUCACAGUGUUACCGGAGCAUCUCUACCAAGUCCUCGACUUAUCAGUAACGUGGUCCACAAUGCUCAUAUGAGUGAUUUCAGGGAACCAAAACAAUCUAUGAUGAUGAUGCAGUUUGGUCAGUUUCUGGAUCAUGACUUCGUUGGAACUCCAACAAACAGAGGUUACAACAAUUCACAAAUCCAGUGUUGUGAUCUAGACCCAACUACAAGAGAUAAAAGAGGUUCCUGUUUCCCUAUACCAGUUCCACCAAAAGACAAACGUUUCCAUAACCCCUGCAUGAAUUUUGUUCGUUCUUCAAUUGCACCAGAGCUGUACUGUAAACCAGCACCAAGAAAUCAGAUCAACCAACAGUCUUCCUUUAUCGAUGGGUCUAUGAUUUAUGGAAACUCAAUGAAGGAGCAGACAUAUCUACGUCUUGGAAAAGGAGGUUUACUAAAGAUGACAGAUGGUGGAUUUUUACCUCGUUAUGAUGAUGGAGAUUGUAUUAUGGAAAGUCCUGGAGAAUACUGCUUCGGAGCAGGUGAUGACAGAAACACAAUUGUCCCGUCUCUUGCCUUCCUCCAUAUCGUUUUCUUAAGAGAACACAAUCGAUUGGCUGUAGCUUUAGGUAAAAUAAACCCCCACUGGACUGAUGAAAUAAUUUUCCAAGAAACCAGAAAGAUAAUUGGAGGAGUUCUUCAACAUAUCAUCUAUGCCGAAUGGCUUCCUCUGGUUCUAAACAAAGAGUUUAUGACCAUGUAUGGUCUUAACUCAGUAUAUGGCAAAUAUAAUACAGUCUACAACGAAAAGUUGGACCCAACUACAGCUAACGUUAUGGCAGGUGCCGCUUUUAGAUUUGGACAUUCGAUGAUUCCGAAUUUCCUCGGAUACGGAGCUCCAGGGGGUAACAAGAUUGCAGAAUUCCCCAUAUACAAAACAUACAACCGACCAGGUGUAUUGAUGUCACAUGGGGGUAAAGGGAAUGAUUGGAUUGGAGAGUGGAUGUUAGACGAUAGUCACGCUAAAAGUGAUCGAUGUGUUAACGAUGGUGUAAGAAAUUAUUUGUUUAUGGAUCAUCAUGGUAUGAGCUUUGACUUGGUAGCAGUCAAUAUACAGAGAGGACGAGAUCAUGGACUGCCUCCAUACAAUGCGUGGAGAAAAUGGUGUGGACUUCCACCAGUAAUUCACUUUGGUCAUGGACCAGGUGGUCUAGUUGAUCACGACAAAGAAUCAAUUAUUCGACUUUCCAAAUCUUACAAACAUGUUGACGACAUUGAUUUAUAUACCGGAGGUCUGUCGGAGAGAAGAGUAAAAGGUGGAUUAACAGGUCCAACAUUCCAAUGUUUAAUCGGAAAAUCAUUUGCCAACUGGAAAUUCGGCGAUAGAUUUUGGUAUGAAAAUGACUUCAAGCUGACUGGAUUCUCCCCUAGACAACUUGAAACCAUCAGACAUCACAAAAUAUCAAAAAUUAUUUGUGAGAACACCAAAAUUGACCAUAUCCAACCGGAUUCAUUUUUACUACCCUCAGAGCAUAAUCACAAGAUUCCUUGCCACGCACUUCCAGACAUUGAUUUAUUAGCAUGGUCAGAACCAAGUGAAUUGCGUACAAACAUUUUCUUCCCUGUUCCCGCUAACCCGGUACCUAUCUGGAGUAAUCUCGGACCAGGACAUUUCGAAGAAGCAUACAAACACAUUGCAGCUUACUAAGGAAUAGUUCUGACAGGAAAAAUUCCUUUUGUACACAAUAAUAAUGGGAUUAUUUUGUGGACAAUUAUGGCAGUUCUUUUAUUUUUAUAGAUGCUUCAAAUAAUAUCGACAAUAUUUUAUUCAAAGGAAUUUGAUGCAUUUCAAUAUAGGAGAAAAUAAAGAGGACUGUUUUAAUCAAAAUGCAUCAAACUGCCUACUCGAUUCUUGGAUGAUAUGUCGGUAUGAUUUCUUAUCUUAGCAUAAUAUACUUGGUGGUUAUUACAGUUUGUUUUAUAUCAAAUGAUGUUGUUUUGUAUAUGAAAACUACUAUUUUGUGUAUGCCUUAUAAUCUAUAGGGACACAUAAAGAUACAGAAAAAGAAUCAAAUAUAAAUAAUGCAGUCGCUUAACUAAUACACUACAGGGAAAGACUGCCAUCUUAGCUGAAGAUUAUCUUGUCGUUAUUAUUUUUUAUUUUAAUAUCUUUUGUUUUAUUAUAUUAAAACGUUUUGUUUAUUUA